AUGGAGACCUCCACCUCACAGCAUCCUUCACCCAUGAAAAUAUUCGUGGAUGAUCUGAUCCAGGAGUUGGCCGAGUUUCAAUCUCUUGGCACUCAUGUCGAUGAGCUUGAUCCGCCGAGGACGCAAUCGGGACCUCAGGGAAGGAGACAACAGAACCCACUCUCGGGACUUUCGGCAUCGCAGUUGACAAAGAUAAAGCCUUUGCUGCUGACAUUACAUUGCCUUUUCCCUAAUGACCUACUCCCGGCCCUUGACAUCCUGGACCGUAGGCUCGUGCAGCGCUUGGUGCGUGAGGACAAAGCCGUAACCACGCCCGAGCACAAUGACAGAUUGGCAACGGAGCACCAAAACACAGGGCAAGCAGAAACAGCAUACGUUGAUAAGAAUAAUUCUCAGCUUGAAGAUAUCUUCUUCGUCAUCUCUGCCUCGACUGCUCCUCCACAAGGUGUUCCAUCGUCCACAUUCCCCACCCAAGAACAGCUAAAAGGCUACGAGGUCCGCUUGCAUGCGUGGGCUUGUACCUGUCCGACGUUCACCCUUUCAGCCUUUCGAGACAUUUAUUCCAGAAUGGAUGUCUCUGCAGAAAUACCCUCUGGCUCGGUCCUGCGAGACUUUGGACCCGGCUGCUAUCCAUUUGGUGGGACACUCUCCUGUGUCACUGACAGGGGUUCACCCCCAGUUUGCAAGCAUAUUUUAGCUUGUAUCCUGUUUGCUCGAUGUCCCGGGCUGUUUGGUGGUAGUGGAGAUGGCAGGCGCCCGGUUUCCAUGGAAGAAUUGGCGGGCUGGUGUGCUGGAUGGGGUGGAUGA